AGAAGUAAGAGUGACAUUUUUUGACAAAAAGCAAUUUAUAUAAUAUUUAUAUAGUGUUAUCAAAGAAUUCAUAAAUAUACAUUAAACACGUGUCUUGCAUGGUACUACACAAUGUCCUGUGGUAAAAGACCUCUAGUCAAAAACUGGGAUAAGCCUAAAAUAUUAAAAGCUAUAAAGCCAUCAAGGUAUGAGCAAAAUGAAGCAUCUGUCAAAAUGCAUUGGAAGCAUGUGAUACGAACUUUAGAAGCAUCUUACAAAGAUGAACAGUUCUGGGAGUCGCAAUACACUGUGGUUCGCGAUUUACUGGAUCCAGUAAUAUUCCAUAGAAUAACGAAAAUUUUUAAUUUACCAUCGGAAUCUAAAAAAUAUGAACCACCUGAAGUAGACGUCACGCCUACAUCUUCUGAACAGUACUUUGAGAAAUCAAUGACUAAUUUGGAACAACAAGUUCCACCUCGCAGUCGAAUAACAUUUUCUGUAAUCGAUGUCCAACGAUCACUGAGCGAGGGAUAUCCGAAGGAGCAGUCGGAACAUUGGACCGAGACCUCCCACAGAACAUCAGAAUACAAAAAAAUACGUUCCAAAUCAUCUAUCAGAAGCAAAACAUCAAAAGUCUUAAAGGCCUCCUCCAAAUCAACCACAAGGCUAUUUCCAAAGUUUGCUUCAAAAAUGAGAGUAAAGUCUAAGGAGUUAAGUUCACAAGCAUCUUCCGAGGAAACACUUCCUGAAUCUGAUGAAGAUUUAAGAGUACAUCCCAGCGAAAUUGAUGACAAUGUUCCGAUGAGUGACAAAAAUCCACAUUUCGAUUUUUUAUACUGCAACGAAAGUGAAGCUGAUAUGAUCAAGUGGAACUCGAAGUUCAAGCAAAAGGGUUUUGAGGUGUCGGCGUCUGACCAAUUUAAUAAAAAGGCUGAGAUUGCUACGAAGAAGAUCGCUACUGAAUUUUACGAAUGGUGGUCAAACCUUGGCACUGGCGAGUAUAAAAGUGAAAUCAAGCGUCCGGAAGACAUCGAAGAUCUAUUUCAGGUUUGGUUCGACGAGCAUGCUUCUAGGGGAUUGGUACUUGAUCCUAAAAUUCUUCCUUGUGUUAAUCAAAGUAUUGCUGAUUACGUGGGAGUUCCAAAGGCUUCAUGUCCAAAAGCACUGAAGAGACAGAUAUUGUCCGACAUAAUAGCGGAGAGCAGUCCGGCGCACACGACCGCCUUUGCCACCUGCUUGCCGCAACAUCUGAAACACAUUCCUCCAAAGAACAACACCAAGAAGAUCUGGCAAAAUGUUCAGAUACCCGAUGACCUAAAAACUAUGUCUUGUGUAUGGUCCGAAAUACAACAUUUGACUUCAACAAAGACUUUCUACAACUGGUUGAAACAGAGGCCUCACUUGCCGAUGCCGCCUUACCUCGAGUCUCUAGACCAGUCUGGAGAAAAGAAACAAUUGUUCGUUGUUCCUUCAGACUUCGUUGUGAAGGAGAAAUCAUCUACGUCUAUCGUACAAGAGUUGGCAUUCCCCGUUUCUGAAUUUACAUUGGAAUUAAAAGAAGAAUUGAGCAAGAUUUUGAACGAAUAGUUUUUAUUUUGGUAAAGUAUGUUAUUAAAACU